AUGAGAGGUCCCAAAUAUGUAGAAUAGGAUAUCAUAAAAAAAGUAUGUCAUGCUGAAUAAUUCCAAUAACAUAAAUUCAAAUUGUUAAAUACAAAAUCUGAUCCACAUCUCUCUAAAAAAGUAAAGCAUUUUCAUAAUUUAGCAUGUUUUAUCAGAUAAUGAUAAAUAUUAAUAAAUAAGAGCUAAUAAAUUUUAUACAAAAUUAUAAGUAGAUUUAUAGAAAGAACAACGUCUUUAUAAAGAAAAUGCUAAGAUUCUCAAUCGAAUUGUUGAUAUUGGAAAUUAAAAAACAUAUUCUUCAAUGCCAAAAAGAUCUGUUACUCGUUAAAGUUCAGCAAACUCUAUUAAAUCUCUUAAUUUAUCUUAUAGAAAACAAGAAGCAAAAAAAAUUGUUGGAGAAAAUGAAAAAUUAAUGUAGCGGUUAUAAAGAACUCCAUCAUCUUUUAGAAAUAAAGACACUUUAAUCAAAGACUAUAAGAAGUAACAAUCCCAAUAUAUUUAAGAACUUUGGAACUCAAAAAUAGAAUUUCUAAAUAUUCAUAAUAAAAUUAAUAAAAGAUGGGCAAAAUCAUUGAGAGAUUGACUAAAACAACAACAAAUCCUAAAUUUUCAAAAACAAGUUAAAGCAGAACUAGCGUACCAACUUAUUAGAAUUCAGCUUUGUCAAAAUUGAGAAUUGAACCUGAUAAUUAGUAAUAAAAAUUGCAAUUUCCAAGAAUCAAAUGA